GUGGCUCCUGUGUAGCAAGCCCAAGAUAAACACGUAGACAGAAGAACAGGGCGAGCGAACAUGGCAGAGAGAUAGAUGCUGUCACCGAUUAAAAUGGAGUAAAUAGUGGCAAUAGUAUAGUUUAGCGAUUUUGGAAACAGGUUCUUACCCAGAAAGAAGUGAGAUUUUCGGCUGCGUAUUCUUGGUUCUCCAUUUGGUCCAACAUGGUGCGAGCGGUGCUGGUGACUGCCACCAGUUUAGCUCUGACAGGUGCAGUGGUGGCACAUGCUUAUUUCCUCAAACACCAGUUUUACCCAACGGUGGUCUACCUCACCAAAAGCAGCCCCAGUAUGGCGGUUUUGUAUAUCCAGGCCUUUGUGUUGGUGUUCUUGCUGGGGAAGUUCAUGAGAAAGGUGUUCUUUGGCCAGCUGCGAGCUGCUGAAAUGGAGCAUCUGAUAGAGCGAUCGUGGUAUGCUGUGACAGAGACAUGUCUGGCUUUCACUGUGUUCAGAGAUGACUUCUCGCCACGAUUUGUUGCCCUUUUUACCCUUUUGCUGUUCCUCAAGUGCUUCCAUUGGUUGGCUGAAGAUAGAGUAGAUUUUAUGGAAAGAAGUCCAAACAUCUCCUGGGUUUUUCACUUCAGAGUGUUGUCCCUAAUGACUCUGCUGAGUAUCCUGGAUUUCCUCUUUGUCAACCAUGCUGCUCACAGCAUCAUAACCCGGGGCGCCUCGGUUCAGCUGGUUUUUGGCUUUGAGUAUGCAAUUCUGCUGACAAUGGUGCUCACCACCUCCAUCAAGUACAUCCUGCACACUGUAGACCUGCAGAGUGAAAACCCCUGGGACAACAAGGCGGUGUAUAUGCUCUACACUGAGCUAUUUACAGGUUUCAUCAAAGUGCUUCUCUAUAUCUCCUUCAUGACCAUUAUGAUAAAGGUGCACACAUUUCCGCUGUUUGCCAUCCGUCCUAUGUACCUGGCCAUGAGGCAGUUCAAGAAAGCUGUGACAGAUGCCAUCAUGUCUCGUCGAGCCAUUCGUAACAUGAACACGCUGUAUCCCGAUGCCACUCCAGAAGAUCUGCAGGCAUCUGAUAAUGUCUGCAUCAUCUGUCGAGAAGAAAUGGUUACAGGAGCUAAGAAGCUGCCAUGCAAUCACAUUUUCCAUUCCAGCUGCCUGCGGUCCUGGUUUCAGAGGCAACAAACCUGUCCAACCUGUCGCAUGGACGUCCUGAGGGCCUCAAAUAACAACAAUAACAACCAAACUCCAGCAGCAGCAGCUCAGGCUCCGGCUGCUGCACCUGCAGCUCCUGCCAAUGCUCCUGCGGUGCCGCCUGCCAACGUGGCUGCAGGAAUGUUACCGGGCUUUCCACCGGGUCUCUUUCCUUUCUGGGGUCCCUUCCCAGGAGUCCUGCCCCCUCCUCCACCUGUAGGAGCUCCAGCUGACACAAACCGUCGCAGCACUGAUGCUUCACAGGCAGCAGGUACCAGUCAGUCGUCCUCAUCAACUGCAGAUCCGGCUGCAGCAUCCGCCUCAGGGUCCGCUCAGCCAGGGUUCCCUUUCUCUUUCCCACCACCUUCCUUCCCCAACACGCCCUGGCUGCCCAUGCCGCCACCCCCUCCCUUUGUGUCAUCAAUGCCUCCUCCUCCUCCCUCUCUUGCUCGCUUGUCUGAUGAGGAGCUGACCGAGAUGGAGGCAGAGGGCCGCAGGGGCCUGGAAGCCAGACUUCAGUGUCUUCAAAACAUUCACACCUUGCUGGACGCAGCAAUGCUCAACAUCCACCACUAUCUGAGUACCGUGGCCACACUUGCGCCCACGAGGACCGACUCAGGUGCAGGAGAAGUAAGCCAGUCAACACAGUCUUCUUCCGCUGGUGCUGACUUUGUGGGCCAGAAUCCGAAUAUUGAAUUUCCAGUCUCAGAUGCUGCAGCAGGUGUGGUUCAUCCUGCCGACUCCACCUCCACUUCCUCAGAGGCAGAAAGACGAGAGCUGCAGGAAGACCGUGUUGAAGAAGGAGAGGACGACGGAGAGCCCAAUGCCGCAGAACUACGGCGGCGGCGUCUUCGCAAGCUGGAGACUGGAGCGUCGUCUUCCUUUUCUCCUGACAAUUGAUCCUUGAGUUUGGACAUAUCACUGUGGCCCUUUAGGAACACUGGACAUGGAUGAUAGGUUGUUGGACAUCGCCUUUCCAAUAGUGGCUCACUGUGAGUCACUGUAUUCAAUCCGCUAGUCAGACUGCAAUAGCAUGUAGUUGUGUGAUCAAUACUGUUUCCCAAGAGCAACUCCGGGAUGGUUGGGUGAAAGCCACUUCUGUUGGAUACAAGGAAGCUGUGUGGCGUUUUUCAAUAGUUUGUUUUCAUUUAGUUAUGUCAUACGGCUCAAGGACAACCAAAAUCAAAUCGAGGGAGACAGUCUUUCUUUACUCUUUAUCACUUCUGUUUCUAAAUGUUCAGAGCGGGUGUUGUAACCUACUGAUUGUGUAUAUACUGUAUAAAGAGUUUUAAUAGGAUGAUCUGUACAUACCGCAGAAUAAACUGUUUGCCGAGGGA